GUCUGAAAUUAAAUUUUUCGCUUGAUUUAUACUGCAUUUGGAUGCAAUGUUCUAACAGAUCUGCUGUCAUUUGGUUGGGAACACUGGUGAACGAACUUGAUAUGAAUUUGUCUGAAGAACCACUUGAUCUGACAACUAAAUACAGUAGAUCGUCUCAAGUUUCAGAAAAGUAUGAAAACAAGUACAAACACUGUGUGAAGCGAAAACCAACACCUUUAGAAUUAGAACUUGGGUGUUUUGUUCGAAAAUUAACUCACAAGUUACUUAACCCUAAUCUUUCAAUUACACGACAGUCACAAAAGCAUUUAAAUCAAAUAGAAGAAGCAUGUAAAAAAACAUUUCCUCAGUUCGAUUCACGUCAAAUCCGAUCAAAAAUACGAGCUCAGUUGAAACUGUAUAGGCGUACUUUAAAAAGGGUGAAUAAGAAAAUAUCAGUACUUGGUCAAUGCAAGUCAUCUUUAGAAGUAGAUUCAAUUAUACCGACAAGUGCUGUACACAUGGCACCAUUACAACCAACUGUUAUUUCUUCUUUGUCAUCUCUUUCAUCGGUUAAUCAUUUACUUUCAACUGAUAAAAUAGUUUUUCAACAGCAAUCAAAUACAUCACUUUCAUCGGAUUUCCUUGAGCUUUCAAAUAACAGUCCUGCUAACUCGAAAUUGAUCAACCUCAUUCAACAGACGGGUGGAGAAUACACGUAUGAAGUGAAAAAUAAGGAAAGAUCAAUAAAUCUAUUCAUAAAUAAUAGUAACAAUAUUCAAUUAUUCGAAUCUCAAGAUAAUUUGUCUGCCAACAGUAAAAUAGUUGAGGACGUAACAGUGUCAGAGGCCUUGACUGAAAAGCACACAUCAUCUGCUACUUCGACAUCAAACUCAAGCAUGUCAAGCGUGCCAGUUUCACUGAAUACAGACAGCAUUAUAUCUACCAUGGAACCUAACGGAUUGUGUAAAACUUACGAUACAUCCAUAAAUGAUAAAAAUGAUAAAGAUAUGAAUGUGCCGAAUACUAAAUGUAACUAUCUUCCAAGUGAUUCUAUUUCAAAUAUCCCUCUUGUUUAUCCACUAUCUUUGAUUCGACCACCACUAAUCGAUCAUCCAAUCUGUCAACAAUCUAAUCCAAUUAUUUCAAAUCAUGUAGCCUAUUCAACAAGUUCUACAAAUUAUUUAGUACCAAUAGUUCCAAAUAUUACAACUGGGAUAGUAUCACUAUCAUCUACGAUUGCACCAUCGUCAGUCUUCUCAACGCCGAAUACUACUACCAGUCUCUUAUCGGUAUCUCUACGUGCUACUGCAAUUCAUCUUAUUCAAACUGCCAGAUUAUAUGAAAUGUUUGUGCAACCAAAUCAAACCACCAAUGACAAUCACCAGUCAAGCAUAUUAAAUGCACAAUCUACAAACGAUGUACCUCAUGGUGCUUUUUAUUCAUCAGAACUUGAAAACUUGACGAAUUUCCCGUUAAAUCUUGAACAUAAACUAUCUCAACCUAAUUUGCAACCUAAUUAGUCAUUCAUUCAUAGAAGCCAAAUAUUUAUUGUCUGUAACAAUUAAGAAUAAACGAAUGUAAAACUCACGUUUUAAUAUGGUACCCAAGUAUGUAUAUUUAGCUUUUUCUGUUAGUAUACAAACAUGUUUUUACACUGAUC